CUAGAGCGAAUCAGUUGUUCAUCGGCUGGCAUCAUGUCUCAGGCGUGAUCCCCAGACUCUUUACCUGGGUUGGCAGCCAGUCGCACCGCUUGGGAUAUGCACUCUGACGUUACCCCGCGGCCCACCACCCAUGUCAUAGCUAAAUGGACGAUUUUUGGUUGACGCUGCUGGGCGGUGCUGGAGGGCAUGCACGCACUUCAUCAGCAGUUCGCGCUGCGUACAACAUCCCAUUUCUUCCCCUGCACAUCUUCACCAACACCGUUAUUGCGAAUACUUCGGGCCUGAGAAUUGCUGAUAUCCUAAUUCUUUGCUUCGUUUGAAUCUUUCUUGGACUAUUCCGAUCGCUCAACCCAUCUCCAUAAAACCACGCGCAUUGUGUGGUCGCCGGAUCGCAAGAUGCCCGGUAUCGCCCGCAAGAUUAUCAUCUGCGCUGCGGUCGACGGCCUUAUCAUCCAGCCAUUUGUGACCAAGGGACAGCGCCCCGCGCAGCCGCUCAGGAUCAAAUAUGGCGACGCUUCUAUCACCCCUGCAUCUCGAGAGCAGAUCCCCGAUGUCUCCCAACCAAACUCCUCCUUUGAAGCCUUCGGCGUUAUCGGACUCAUAACGGUCUCACGUUUGAGCUACCUGAUCACGAUUACGCGACGAAAGCAGGUCGCGCAAGUCUGCGGGUUCCCGAUCUACGUCGUCACCGAGGUCGCAGUGACCCCAUGCACCUCGCAGCAAGAAGCCGGGGAGGCUAUCGCGAAGACGGCCUCGGAGCUGCAAGACCGUAGUGCGGAUAAGGAUGCUGAUGAAAGUGACAGUGACGACUUUGUAGAGCUCCCCACGAGCGGUGACGAAGUCGAGGAUCCCGCACAAGAAGCCAAGGCGGACGAAGACAAGGGGUCCGAGGCCGUGAAGAGUACUGUUGCUAAGGACGUUAUUGGCAGAAGAGGAAGUUAUGGGAGAUUCGCUCAGACCUGGUUCAGCAAGAGUGGAUGGACGCAAGACCAAAAGAGAUCUGCUGGCUGGAGCGGUGCUGCGCAUCAAGUCCGGCGCUCCGUCGAUCACAGUCCCACAAAGGCCGCCCCUUCGCGGCCAGCAGUGGAGGACGAUGAGGAAUCGGCGCCAGCAUCUACACUGCUGCCGAAGCUUCUCCGAACGACCCAGAUUCUCUUUGGCUCGUCGCGGAGCUUCUUCUUCUCGUACGACUUUGAUAUCACCCGGCGGUGGGCAAGCCGUUCGACGUCACAAUCCGAGGAAGUACCUCUCCAUGAGCAUGUAGAUCCGAUGUUCUUCUGGAACAGGAGCACCCUGAAGCCGUUCAUGGAAGCCGGGCAAGAUACGUUGUUACUUCCCUUGAUGCAGGGGUUCGUAGGCCAGACGAGCUUCGUGGUGGACAGCAGCCCUCCUCAGCAGGAUGAUGGGCUGGGAGAUGCUGUGGAGAUGUCUACCAUGAAACAAUCCGACACAGAGCUCCCCUCUCCGCCAUCAGAGAAAGCCCGCGACUCAAUCGAUCUUCGUUCUACUGAGAAAAAGUAUCUAUUGACGAUCAUCUCCCGUCGUUCAACGCAGAGAGCCGGUCUCAGAUACCUGAGACGAGGCAUUGACGAACAGGGCUUCGUUGCGAACGCCGUCGAAACGGAACAGAUUCUCUCGAGCACUUCCUGGGACAAGUCAUCAAAGACGUACUCCUUCCUACAGAUCAGAGGCAGCAUUCCGCUGUUCUUUACGCAGUCACCCAUCUCUUUGAAGCCCGCCCCUGUGAUUCAACACUCAGUUGAAGCAAAUUAUAGCGCAACAAAGAGGCAUCUGGAGCGUCUGAAGAAAGAAUAUGGCGGAUUGCAAAUUGUCAAUCUUGUCGAGAAACAUGGCGUGGAAGCAACGGUCGGCGACCAGUACGAAAAAACAGUCGAGAGACUCAAUGAAGAAGAAUUCAAGGGCCAGGACGAGGGUGUUGCAUUCGAAUGGUUCGACUUUCACUCGGCCUGCCGGGGAAUGAAGUUCGAGAACGUCAGUUUACUUCUCGAGACACUCCGCGACAAGCUGGAAGCGUUUGGGAGCACUGUCGAAGAAGCUGGGCAGGUUACAGCCAAACAGCGAGGCGUUUUGCGCACCAACUGCAUGGACUGCCUUGACAGAACCAACGUAUGCCAGAGUUCGUUUGGAAAGUUCAUGCUCGAGGCUCAGCUGAAGGCGGAGGGCUACGACCUCGCAGCUCAGGUGGACCAGCAAACACAAUGGUUCAACACGCUGUGGGCCGACAACGGCGAUGCGGUGUCGAAGCAAUACGCAUCUACGGCCGCCAUGAAGGGUGACUACACUAGAACGAGGAAAAGGAAUCUUGGAGGCACUUUGAACGAUCUGGGUCUUUCGCUGACUCGAUACUACAACGGAAUGGUCAAUGACUACUUCAGUCAGGCCGCCAUCGACUUUCUUCUAGGCAACGUAAACUCUAUGGUCUUCCAAGAGUUCGAGGCUGAAAUGAUGACGAAAGACCCCGCCGUCUCCAUGCUGAAAAUGAGGGAGCAGGCCAUCGAGUUAUCCCGGAGACGAGUCAUCUCGGACGAGAGCGAGGAGUUCAUGGGCGGCUGGGUUCUUUUCAGCCCUCAUCAGUCAGACACUCUGCGAGCCAUGCCCUUCGAGGAAGUGGUGCUUCUCUUGACCGAUGCUGCCAUCUACCUGUGCCGGUUCGACUGGAACAUGGACAAGGUCUCCUCCUUUGAGCGGAUCGACCUCGCCCACGUUGUCGGCAUCAAGUUCGGCACGUACAUCAUCUCGACGGUCUCCCCGGGACAGACGGACGAGACAAAGAACGUAGGCUUCGUCGUUUCGUACCAGCCGGGCAAGAACGACGUCACGAGAACGAACACUAGAACGUUUUCGAACUUGGGCAUAACCAAAACCAAGACAGACCGCUCGCGCUCGUCGGAGGAGCAACAACGACAGCCUCAAUCCGCACUGAGCAGUUUCCUGGGCGGUGGACGCCCCAAGGCCUUGCCGAUACGCAAGAUCGCCUUCAAGGCUCCGUACUCGCAGUCGUCUGCCGCUGUGACGGGCGAGGGACCGAAGCUCAGCGAGAUCCAGCAGGUUGUCAGCAUCUGUGCUGAUAUAGAACGAUUGGCGUUCCUGAGCCAGCCCGGCAAGGAGAAGCCAGGGACCGAAAGCAUUAUAGAGAAGGGAGACAUCAUCUCAUUGGAGGAGGCGAGACAGAGCACCGGCCUGCUAGACCAUAUCAGCUACUCCCUGAAGAGACUCGUGUGGGCAUAGGCUUGUGCUCGCCGGAUUCGGACGGCCGCCCUUCCCAUCAUCUCCUUUUACGGGUGGCGUUUUAAGGCUUUGUGGCGCGGUACAAGUGCAUUUGGUAGCGCAUGUUUUCGAGGGGGAUUGGGUACUUUAGAGAGUCGGCGAGACGGAACCAGACGGAGUCGUGGGAUUCGAGCUUCUCCCAGCGACAUCCCUCAACGAUACCCUCCUUCUCGGGCUUGGUGACGAGGGCGUGGUCCAUGAGCCACUGCAUGGGGUACUUCUUGCUCUCCUUGCCGACGGCUGUCUCGGAGUAGCUGCCGGGGCUGUCGACGACAAGGAGCAGGGAGCCGAGGGGCACAGUGGCGGUCAGGUCGAGGAGGAAGGCUGUGGUCUUGCCGAUGCCGGCGGUUGUGUAGAGCUCGUUGAGCGUAAAUAGUAAUGUGACUAGUACCGGCACGCCCCCGUUCCCAUGCCCAUCACCGUCCCCACCCCUGAGGCAGCGCGAAAGUUGGUCGCGCGUCAUGGCGAGGACGUUCUGCUGCGUAAAGGAGGAUGUGAGACGGCCGGGCUCGACGAUGGCGACGUUGGCGGCCCUGGCGGCGGCAUUGGCAUACUGCGACAGCGGCGGCGGGGUCGUGAGGGCGGCAUGAAGCUUGG